AUGCUGCGGAGAUGGCAGUGCAACCGACGGGAACUGACGGAAGCUAACAAAGUUGUAAAAGCAUAUUGGCAAAGAGUAGGCCUCGACGCUGCUCGUGGUCACUCGUGUGCUUCAACUGUGGUGAGUCGUCUGGUUACUUGCAGCCGACCGCGAGAGGCGGUGGAGGCGGAGGUGGGCAUUUUGCGUCGGAAGGCGAACUCCACCAUAGCGACGGGGGCGCCGCCGCAGUACCUUCGCCUGGCGGCCUUGCCCCCGAGCCCUGACGGUGGCUGCCUCAAUCCCACCUGCGUUUCGGCAGCAUAUAUUCUAAGUCAAGUGCCUGUGUCUGGAACGCUGCCAAACGCACUUGUGGAACGCCUAUAUAAACACCGAGCUAGCUUCCUGCGUUCUGUUUCCGAAAUGACAUCGCUCCUCCUGGGAUUCCUCUGCCUUCUCGCCACGGCGGCUGGUCAGCAUUCACCCGUGGAUGCGCAACCAGUGGGCUUGUCCACGAACUGGCAACAGGAUGCCUUCUUCCGUCGGCAGAGAGCAAGUCUCAUGGAUUCCAAACAAGCGCUAAUCGCUAUGAUUAACGAGUUGAGGGAGACUAUAUUCAGGCAACAACUCCUCCUCAGCCAGUAUUUUCGCGACCAAGCAGCCCAGCCGGUUCAACACCCAAUUCCUGUGUGA